UGUUUUUUGGGUACUGCUGCGUGGGUGUUACCAAUAUGCCAAGCCAGUAAGUCCUCCAAUUGAAUUCAAGCAGAGAGUGAGAGAGAGAGAGAGAGUCUCAUAUAAUUUGGUCUCUGUAACAGAGUCACAGCCCGCAGCUUCGGCGUCGUUUUUCCGAUGGCGUUUCCGGUGGUUGACAACGACUAUCUCAGCCAUGUUGACAAAGCUCGUCGCGAUCUCCGUGCUCUUAUCUCCAGCAGAAACUGCGCUCCUAUCAUGCUCCGCUUGGCGUGGCACGAUGCUGGAACGUAUGAUGCGAGCACGAAGACUGGCGGGCCUAAUGGGUCGAUUAGGAACGAGGAAGAGUACACUCAUGGUUCUAACAGUGGCUUGAAGAAAGCCAUUGAUUUUUGCGAGGAGGUGAAGUCUAAACAUCCAAAAAUCACAUAUGCAGACCUAUACCAGCUUGCUGGUGUUGUGGCAGUUGAGGUCACCGGAGGUCCUACGAUUGACUUUGUGCCAGGAAGAAAGGAUUCAAAAAUUUCUCCAAAAGAAGGGCGACUGCCAGAUGCUAAACUAGGUGCACCACAUCUUAGGGACAUCUUUUACCGCAUGGGCUUGUCUGACCAGGACAUUGUUGCACUAUCAGGUGGCCAUACACUGGGAAGGGCUCAUCCAGAAAGAUCUGGUUUUGAUGGUCCUUGGACUGAGGAACCUCUGAAGUUUGAUAACUCAUACUUUGUGGAAUUGUUGAAAGGUGAAUCUGAGGGUCUUUUGAAACUUCCAACGGACAGGGCUCUAUUGGAUGAUCCUAAGUUCCUCCAUUAUGUUGAGCUGUAUGCAAGGGAUGAGGAUGUAUUCUUCAAAGAUUAUGCCGAAUCACAUAAGAAACUUUCCGAGCUUGGAUUUACACCUCGUUCCUCUGGCUCAAAGAUAAUAGUAAAGGAUAGCACAAUACUGGCACAAAGUGCCGUUGGAGUUGCAGUUGCUGCUGCAGUGGUGAUCUUUAGCUGUAUUUACGAAGUUCGCAAAAAAAUGAAGUAGACAUGGCCGGUUACUUUUUAAUCCAGUAUGAAUCAGCAGCAUUUGAGUCUCUAAUGUGGACGCUAAGGCUAAGAGAUACAUUACUUACUGAUAAUAACAAAAAUUUCAACAUGCCUUAAUGGUUUUUGGCAGCUAGAUGAACGACUAGAAAGACCCAAGUGAACAUUUUUCUCCGUUUUGAAGUAAAUAUUAUAAAUGCAUGCCUGCCAUAUUUGUUAUAUAUAUAGAUAUUCUUCUGUUU